CAUUUGCUCGUUGGACGGCGCGGGCAAGCUCGAGCAGAGUGAGAUAAAGCGGAGGCGAAACCGCAGGAUACCGCACCGUAAAACAAUCGCGAUCCAUCCGUAUGGAGGCGGCCAUCAACCCGUCUUUUGACAGCUCUGUGGGAGUGGGGCUGUCUGUCAUGAGUGGGAUGGAACAGAGUUCCGGCAAGCGUAUUCGGAAACCUUCGCUGCUGUAUGAGGGCUUUGAGAGUCCGUCUCUACCCCAUGCGCCUCUGCCCGGCCCUCCUCGACCCCAACUGCCCCCGGUGAAGGACCCCAGUCGACAGGGACGAGCAACCAACCAACUACAGUUCCUUUAUAAGGUGUUGGUGAAGGCAUUGUGGCGGCAUCAUUUCGCGUGGCCUUUUCAUGAACCGGUGGAUGCGGUCCGACUCAAUUUACCUGACUACCAUAAGAUCAUAAAACAGCCGAUGGAUAUGGGUACCAUCAAGAUACGACUGGAGAAUGACUAUUACCGCAGUGCUAGCGAAUGCUUGCAGGACUUCAACACAAUGUUCACCAACUGUUACAUCUACAAUAAGGUGUGCGUGUGUGCAGACACAAACAAGUUGCCAUGGAAACAUUCUGCAGUGGUUGUUCAUUACCUAAAGCCUACAGAUGAUAUAGUGCUAAUGGCACAAUCUCUGGAGAAGGUCUUCUUACAGAAAGUCGCCCAAAUGCCCCAGGACGAGAUUGAGUUGGCCCCUCCAGCUCCGAGGGGCAGAGGAGCCAAGACUGUGAAAGGACGCAGAGGGAGAGGUGGAGGAAGUGUUACCAGCGCUCACCAGGUGCCUGCAGUAUCUCAGUCGGCUUAUUCUCCUUCAUCUCCUGAUAUACCAGAUUCUCGGUUUUUCACCUCUCCACAGACCCUGCUGAGCAACACUGGCCCACCUCCAUCACUGAUGAGCACACCUCCCACUCAGCCCACUGCAAAGAAGAAGGGCGUGAAGCGUAAAGCUGACACCACCACACCCACUACACUUGGCUUCCCUGUUCCCGGCCACAUGGGAGGAAUGGGCAAAGGUCACGGAUCGGGUGGAGAGAUGCCUUUUUCCCUCUCCUCCAUACCUGUUGACUGCGCUCCCAGCAUGGGUGUGGUCAGGGGCGUGAAUGAGCCCGCCCACCUGCAGCCCGUCUUAGGGCGACCGCUGUCUCGACGGCCAAUCAAACCUCCAUGUAAGGACCUGCCCGACUCUGUGCGACCCCAUCAGCCCUCACGAAGGGGGAAACUGAGCAAGCAGUUGCGCUACUGUAGUGGCGUCCUUAAAGAGCUGCUGUCAAAAAAACAUGCAGGAUAUGCAUGGCCAUUUUAUAAACCCGUGGAUGCAUCAACGCUGGGUCUCCAUGACUACCAUGACAUCAUCAAACACCCCAUGGACCUCAGCACUAUCAAGAGGAAGAUGGACGAGCGUGAGUACAGAGACGCUCAGCAGUUCAGCGCUGAUGUCAGACUCAUGUUCUCCAACUGCUACAAGUACAACCCACCCGAUCAUGAUGUUGUCACCAUGGCACGAAAACUACAGGACGUGUUUGAGUUCCGCUUCGCAAAGAUGCCCGAUGAGGUUUCGGAGGAGGAGGAAUUGUCUCCCAUGCCACUAGGGCGAAACAUGGGCAUGCUGGGCAUGCACCACUCCUCUUCCUCCUCAUCCUCUUCUUCAUCCUCUUCCUCCUCAUCAGAGAGCGAACCAAGCAGCGACAGUGAGGACAGCAGCCCGAGUUCUGACAGCGAGGAGGAGCGAGCGCAACGCCUGGCCCAACUGCAGGACCAGGUGUGUACUCAGCUGAGAGCGGUGCAUGAGCAGCUGGCUGCUCUCUCCUCUGGCCCCAUCGUCAAACCCAAGAGGAAACGAGAGAAAAAGAAGGACAAGAAGAAGAAAAAGAAGCCGGAGAAGCGCAAAGGAAGUGCAGGUUUGAUGAGUGAUGAGCGCGAGAAACCCACCAACAUUUCUAAGAGCAAAUUGAGCCGACUGUCACUCUCAUCUGCACAAAGCAAGAAAGGGCCUGCUAAAAAAAGCAACAAGAGCAAGAACACAAGGAAAUCAUCCUCGUCAUCUCAUUUUGCGGCAGCAGCUGUCUCCAUCCCUCACUACGACUCUGAGGAGGAAGAGGACGGUCUUCCCAUGAGUUACGAUGAUAAACGUCAGCUAAGCCUGGAUAUCAACAAGCUACCCGGGGAGAAACUAGGCCGUGUGGUACACAUCAUUCAGUCGCGUGAGCCCUCCCUGCGUGACACCAAUCCAGAGGAGAUCGAAAUCGACUUUGAGAUGCUCAAGCCGUCCACGCUGCGUGAAUUAGAACGAUAUGUAAUGACCUGUCUCCGCAAGAAGCCCUGCAAACCUUAUGUAAUAAAGAAAGAAGGAGGUGGGAAGAGCCGAGAGGAGCUGGCUCUGGAGAAGAAGAGAGAGCUGGAGAGAAGACUACAGGAUGUGAGCGGACAGCUGAACUCUGGGAAGAAACCACAGAAACCCAAAGUGGAGAAACCCAGCGUCAUGGAACCUCACACCAUAGCAUCUCGUCUCAGUGCCAGCAGCUCCAGUUCAGACUCUUCCUCAUCAUCUUCUUCCUCCUCUUCAUCAGACACCAGUGACUCUGACUCAAGGUGAAGAGAUCUUCCUCUAGAGCGAGACAUGCUGGAUGGCAUAAGAAGUGGGCUCUCCCAGCACACACACAUCUGGGAGCUGUAGCCCACCGUACACGAGGACACGUCCGUGCCUCCUAAUCCCUUGCUUGCUGUUUAUUUCUGUGUAAAAAAAAAAAAAAAAAAGGAAAAAAAUGUAUAUAUUGUGUAGGAUGAUUUUUGUUUCUUUUAUAAAGAAGAAUUUUACCAAAAUGCCCAUAAUGGGAAACUCCAAUGGGAGUAUACUAAAACCAUAACUACUUUUCUAAGUUGACGAAAUAGCUUGUUGUUUUGUUUUUGCUUCCUUUUCUCUCCAAACAACAUUUGUGGUUUAUCUCUGUAUCAUUUUAAAGACCGAUCCCAGUGUUUAUAUCUCAUAUUGUGUAACCAAAACUUACAUGAAGGUACACACCUCUUAAAUAUCGGACUGCACGAUUUAAAGCCAAACCGAAAAUAUUAAUUACUUUUUGUUGGGUUUUAAAGAGUUUUUAUUUUUGUGCUACAAUGCACUGUACGGUUUCAGAAUUUGUUUUGGAAGCAUAAUGAGUACCGCAUAGUUUGUUGUGAUGUACGAGUGAAUGCUGUCAAGUGUCAACUUGAUAUAUAAGAGUUCUUUUAAUUACUUUAUAUUUCUUUACAUGGUCAAAUGAAAUCACAUACUCAGACACUCCAAACAUAAAUCAGUCAUAUUAGGCAUUUGUGAAAUAUUAGUGACAAGACAUUUAUCUCUUAUAAAGUGAAGCAUUGAAAAUAACAGCCAUAAUGCCUCGUUGGCUUUCUGAAGAUGGACUGCAUUUGUCGAGCACUAGAGAAACACGACUAGAUUCAGUUGUGUUAUACAUUAGGUAUUUGAAAAGGUAUCAAGUUGAAUGUUAACUUAAGACUUAUGGGUUUUAGGAGAACUGUAGAGGCAUCGCAUUUAAGCAAUAGAGUGAUCAUUUAUUAAACAAUGUUACAUAUUUCCUGUAUAUAGUUUCCAUAAUGCCAUGAUGCUACUUUUCCUUCUGCUUCUCUCUUGUUUUGUAUUUAUUUGCAUUGCUUUUCUAAAAUAUUAUUUUUGAAUGUAUGACAAGUGGCAGAUUUUCUGUGAUAUAUUCCAUAUCUGUGGUAUAAUUAAGAGUUCAUGCACCUUGGAUUAUACAU